AUGUUCUCCACUGCUCUCGUCACCGCCUACCUCCGCGAGACUCAGCCAGUCACCGACAUGCUUCCCAUCCCGGGCCCCUCCUACUGGGCGAACAACUUCGACAUCGACCAGGGAAUGCUCGACGAGUACAUUCUGCCCGACGAUGAGUUUGCACAGCUUCUCAAUUCAAUGGUCAAUGAGGAGGAGCACUGCCCCGCCGACGCCCCCCACGUCAACGCACCGGCGCCGCUCCAGGUGCUACCGCCAGCAGCACCGUUCGAUUUCGCAUCAUGCUUCGGGCCCCCCGACACACCUGCUCCGCUUGCCGCGCACACCUUCUUCCAGCCCUCACAUGGUACCGACGCUCCAGGGCCCAGCGCAGUGAACCAGCUCCUGGCGCUGGCAGAGAGCCUCCCCGCCGCAUCCUUUGACCAGGUAGACCUCCAGCACCAGCUGGAGGUAUAUUACCGUAACCUGGCCGACGGUGCCGAAGCCACGCCGUCUCCCCCUACGCCGCUCUCUUCGGUGGUCGCCACGCCGCUCUCUUCGGUGGUCGCCACGCCGCUCUCUUCGGUGGUCGCCACGCCGCUCCCAGAUUCAUCCCAGUGGCAUGAGUCCUUGACUGUCAGCCAGGGAGAAUCACUCUCGAGGCGAGUGGGCGCAUCGAGCGGCAAGGCCAACAUGGCCACCACCGAGGAGAAGGACUACGGUUCCCACCGAUUGACCGCGCCAGUUUGGCCCGACCUCCGCUUGAACGGCGACCGGAAGGCACUCGAGUUCGGGCAGGUUGGGGAUCCCUUCUUCCCCAGGGUGCAGGGCCCCGUCCCAGAGGAUGCCGGCCACAACGGGCGGAAACCCCUGACGUGGGGGUUCGUAAACUACUCCGCCAACGUCCCGGAACACACGGUAGCCCUAAUGAGUGGAGUCGACGUCAGCGGGGCCUCCAAACAGUGGAAGAAGGACGAGGCGAGGCGCUUGAAAGCUGAGGUCAAGGAGAGGGCCAGAACAGUCAGGGCCGAGGUCAAGGCCAAGAAAGUCGCCGACAAGGCUGCUGCUGCCGAGCAGAAACGGCGAGAUGCGGCUUCCAAGCGGGCCGCGACGAAGGCGAUCAAGGGUUCGGCCAAGAAGAAGAAGGACAAGGGCAAGGAGCGCGCCAUCUAA